ACAAGUCCAGCUUUGCGCUUCACGUAUAGGUUUAUGAAUCGGUUUGGUGUUUAUUUGGUCCAGUUGGAAAAUAUAAAGAGCGUUUAUAGAGAUAUAAAGUUCAGCUUUUAUUAUUCUGAUGUUAUAAGACAAGUGCGCGAUGAAAGCUGUCAUUCUGGCUGCAGGUUAUGGCACGAGGCUGCAAAGGGACAUUGAGAAGGACCAGAGUGGACACUUUGGACAUUUACGUGGUGUUGCGAAACCUCUACUUCCGGUUGGAGACUGCCCCCUAGUGUCCCAUUGGCUCAGAGCGCUCACUCGGUCUGCGUGUGUAGAUCAAGUGCUUGUAGUCACUAAUGCGCUUUACCAUGAGGCAUUCCAGCUCUGGGCUCAGGAGUUCUCCAGUGUUCAGGUCCUUAACGAUGGGACGAGAAGUAAUGAGGAGCGACUUGGGGCAGUUGCGUGCCUUCACCUGGCACUGAAUCACUUUGCAGAGCCUGAUGAUGUCAUCGUGAUCGGAGGUGACACGCUGUUUAGAGAGGACUUCAGCCUCAGAAGGAUCACAGAGCACUUCACUGAGGUGCAGAGGAAGAGCGAAGACAGCAACUUGGUGCUCUCAUAUCAGUGCAAGGACGAGGAAACGUCAAAGUACGGCAUCCUGGAGCUGGAUUCAGACUGCCGAGUUCAGCGUAUGAAGGAAAAGCCUCUGCCGUCUGAGACACACUCGCGCAGCGCCUGUCCCUGUUUUUACUUGUUUUCAAGAACAACUCUUCCUCUGCUGGACAUCUUCCUGAAGGAGAAGGAGACACGGCCGCUCGAGGAGAGAGAUGCACCUGGGAACUUCCUCUCAUGGCUCAUAUCAAGGAGGCCGGUGUACGUCCACGAGAUAUCCGGCCGCUUUGAUGUGGGAAACCUCGUGUCUUAUCAAGAGUGCGACAGAUACUUCAGAGAAGAACUUCGGAAUCCAGAAGUUUAUUCCAUAUAGCAUUCGAACACACUUUCACACUGGACUGGAGACGUUCUGAUAAACUUGCCGUGUCCUAAAAACAAAUUAAAAUUCUAACUUGA